ACACAUCACACAAUAAGGCCAGAAAAUAGGUUAUAACAGUUGAUCGGAUCUUAGGCCCACAACACAGCAACAGUACUCAAAAUUAUUUUAGUAGUAUUAAAUAGUAAUAGUAUUAGUUAAAGGAAAAUCGCACAUACUUAGAAUUCGUGAGUGCAAUGCAGCGCAUUCGAGCACUGAGCGGCCGCGAGCAUGCUCGCCUCGAGAAGUGGCUGAAUAUCGAGGGUAUCACCCUGAACCCGCGUUCGCUUCGCGACACAUACUCCGAUGUGCGCCCCGUGGCCCAGAUCCUCCAGAAGAAGUACCCUUCCAUAAAGCUGGAGUUCUAUACUUCGGCCAGCAGCUUUGCUCGACGUCUGCAGAACUGGCAGGUGUUCUCGUUUCGCGAUCUGAAGAAACUGGGUCUCCGACUGAAGGCCAACGAUCUCGUACAGCUGGCCGAAGGCAAGCCAGGAGCAGUCGACUGGCUGCUGUUCCGCCUGAUAUUCAAAGAGGAAGAGCACCCGAAAUUCAGAAUCUCCUCCAAGGCUAUCUCCUUGGGGGUGCUGAAGUCCUUAGAGGAGCUGAACUGCUGCUCACAUGAGCUGGGGUGCCUAGCAGCGAUGACCGGCGCAGAAUCUAGUUUGACGCUGGAUAAGGAUUGGAAGCUCUAGAUCGUGUGUGUAUCCCCAUCCACCUGGUCAGUGCUGCUCGCAGAGUGCCAACGAAAUUUGUUUUGAUCUUUUGAUAUAUUUUAAAUCCAAUAGACUGGUCUGGCAAUAAAUGAUAUUAGUGAACGGCCUCCCACAA